AUGUUCCGAACGGCAGCACCUCCCUCGGUGCCAUCGAGCUUUGGCAAUGUAUCCAGCGCCACGGGACACGCAAGCACUUCUGCCUCGGGAUCCGUCGCACAUCACCACACGAACAAGGCGCUUGCACGAUACCCGCACCGACUCAACUUCUAUGCAGUUCCUCCCAUCCACGAAGUCACCAUAGAGCAGUUCGAGUCGUGGGCCAUCGACCGUCUCAAGGUGCUCGCCGAAAUCGAGUCGUCCCAAGCUCGCAACCGCACCUAUGGCGAGACCAAGGACGCCGUAAACGCGCUCGCCAAGCGCCUUCUUCCGCUCAAUGCCAACACCGCCAUCAAGACCACCGACCUGCUCGCCGAACGUCUCAAGGAUCACGUCUCUCACUUUGUGCUCCGUCUCGCCUUCUGCCGCAGCGAAGAUCUGCGACGCCGCUUCGUCAAGGCUGAAUCGCUGCUCUUCCGACUGCGUUUCGAGACGGACGAUGCGAUCGAGCGAGAGAGCUUCAUGCGCGAGCUCAAGCUCGAUUGGCAGCCUGUCUCUGCAGACGAGAAGAGGAUGUAUCGCGAUCAGCUCGUGGCUACGCAUCCCAAGAUGGCCUCCACCUUUGAGAGCGAGACAUUCUUCAAGGUGGACUGGACUCGUGUCACUGAUCUCGUCGAGAAGAGGAAGGUGUUCAUGCGAGCAGGUCAAGCAUGGGUGCCCAUCAAGGAGCAGUCCAGUCUCGUCCUUGCCGAGUUUCAAUCGCGUCUGCUCCGCGAUCUCGAGAUGACCGCUCGAGCCCUCCCACGCCUGGACGAGGACGACCGUCUCUUGCCCGUCCUCUCGCACCUGAGCAUGGGCUUCCUCGCUGGCAUCUCGACCGACUACACGGGAUCCAGCAUUACAGCAGACGGCAGCGUCUCCGUCACAGCUGGCAUGGUCGACGCCUUGGUCAAAACCCACGCUCCCAUGUGCAUGAAGAACCUCCACAAUACCCUCACCGCUACGGGGCAUCUCAAGCACUAUGGUCGAUUGCAGUACAACCUCUUCCUCAAGGAGCUUGGCCUACCCGUCGAAGAGGCGCUCGUCUUUUGGCGACGAAGCUUCAAGAACAUGACCGACGACAAGUUCAACAAGGAGUACCGCUACAACAUCCGACACGGCUACGGUCUAGAAGGUCGACGAAUGAACUACCCGGCCAAAAGCUGCGCUCGUAUCUUGACCCAGGAUCAACCGGGACCGCAGGACUCGCACGGAUGUCCCUUCCGUCACUUUUCCACCACGAACCUUUCCACGGCUAUGGUGCAGCACUACGGCCUCAACCAGGCCGAGCAGUCCGACAUCCUCGCCUCGGUCAAGCAGGGACACUACCACGUCGCCUGCACGCGCAUCUUUGAGAUCACCCAUCAGCGACAAGGGAUCAAGAAGGGUCAGGGACUCGAUGGACGAGGUGAGACGGUCACCCACCCCAACAGGUACUUUGAGAGCAGCUGGAAGCUCGCCCAGUCCGAAGGUGAUGGCCCAGGCGCAGAUGCUAGUCAGAGAAGCGAUCCAGAUCACGAGAUGGAGAACACACAGCACGAGAGUUCACCAGAAGCAUCCCGUCCAGAGCAGCCUCAAACAGCAGCAACAGCAGCGGAUGGGAUGGAUGAGUCCUAG